GACGGGAGGAACUUGAAUCACCAACGGUCUCCAAAUCCUCAUCAGGGCAUUGGCUGUGUCGCAUCCAAAAUGCCGAAUUCUUGCAACGCUCUCCGCGAUGCCCUGGCACAAUGCCUCCAACAGUCUGACUGUAUCAUGGUCCAACGCCACACACCGCGAGAAUGCCUAAGCGAACCUCUGGUCGAUGAACUUCCAGUCAAAUGUCAACAGCUGCGGAAAGGUUUCGGCGAGUGCAAACGUGGACUAAUCGAUAUGCGCAAACGAUUCCGCGGCAACGCGCCCCUCCAAAUGUCCAAAGAGGUGGAGGGCAAGGCAAGCAAACCUUCGCAACAGUUGUAUGCGGGCAAGCCGGCGUUUGAGACUGUGAAGGAGAUUAGUGGCGAUGAGGUGCAGAUGGAUCCCGAGAAGACGAGAGGGCUAUGAGGGGAGAAACGCAUUGGAGGGGAAGCUGUGAAACCACAGACUUGAUGUGAAAUCUGGUUGAAUUUAGAGAAAUGUCUCCCAUGCAUAUGCUUUUUGUUUUGGCUGCCUGUUUUUCUCCCCUCAUGGCAUGGAUCGGAGUUGUUGUUUUUAUUUGGGCAUGUACAAUAUGUGUACGUUUAUAUAUCAGCAUGAUGAAAACGAUACCGUUUAGAUUGGUUACAUAAAUCUACUAUUACAG